AUGCCAAAGGAAAAAGUAGCUGAAGAAAAAGGAACACAUGUAGAUGAAGCAAAAUCAAGUGAACAAAGGGUGAAUGAGGAACCAAAAGUAAAACCACCUCCUCCCUUCCCACAGAAAUUCAGGAAACAAAAAGAGGAGAAAUGUUUUGGUAAGUUUAUUGAAUUCCUUAAAGAGGUACAUGUUAACUUGCCUUUGAUAGAUGUGUUGCAGGGCAUUCCUAAGUAUGCCAAAUAUUUGAAAGAUGUGGUAGCCAACAAGAGCAGAUUGACUGAAUAUGCAACAGUAGCACUCACGGAGGAGUGCAGUUCUAGGAUCCAGAACAGCCUCCCAAUUAAGUUGAAAGAUCUAAGAAAUUUCACUGUUCAGAUACAGAUUGGCAAAUGUGUUGAGGCAAGAGGUUUGUGUGAUUUGGGUGCAAGUAUCAAUUUAAUGCCUACUUCUAUGUUUCUUAAAUUGGGACUAGGAAAACCCAAGUCCACAACCAUUAUGUUACAGUUAGCGGACCGUUCAGUGUCAAGGCCAGAUGGUGUUAUUGAAGACGUCUUAGUUCAAGUGGGAACUCUGAUUUUCCCCAUGGACUUUGUCAUUCUGGAUUUUGAGCCUGACCCAGAGGUCCUAUUUAUUUUGGGACGCCCAUUUCUAGCAAUCGGAGGUGCAUUAAUUGAUGUGGCAGCCGGUAGACUCACAAUGAGGGCUCAUGACAAGGUCGAGGUAUUUGAUGUAUACAAGAUAAUGAAGUUGCCUGCAAUAUAUGAGGAGCUGUCUGUAAUUACAGACAUUGAUGAAGCUAUGGCAUCUAAAUAUGUUGAAGCCCAAGACCUUUUAGAGAAAGUGCUAAUUGGGCAAGACAUUGAGGGAGAUGUUGCAGCCCAGGAAUUGGCUAACGUCCUAUGUGAAUAUGCUUCGCAAGUUCGUGGAGCCAUUAAAUAG